GGUCAGAAACUGACAGAUGACCUGGUUGUGUUCUCAUGAACGUGUUCGUCUUCUGAUCCAGACAUUGAGUAUCUCAGAGUAACACUUGGGACAAUGUGGGAGGAAUACGAACUAGAAGAAAUCCCUUCUGUAGCAGAACGCAGAGCUGCAUAUGGCCGUUCAAAGGACUGCCAGCUUCUUUCUGGCGCUUUCCCAGAUGCUAAACCCAUUCAGCUACAACCUCCAGUAAAGGUUACCAGACCCCUCUAUUACCGUCCUAUUGGUGAUGAACCCGUUAAUGAAUAUGCAGGUGCACUUCUUCCUGAUAACUACUCAAAUGCUGAAGCCUACGUUUCUGCAAAAGAUUUAUACUCUGGUCGUCGUAAUGCAGCUGGUGGAGCUAUCUUGGCUGCUGUUGACUGUGAUGCUGCUACUGCUGCCGCCUCCGCAGUCCCUAAGACGGGGACAUGCCCUAAUUGCAAGAUAGGUAACGUAACGUGUCCCGGAGCUUCAACAUGUGCGGGCUGCUGGCCCUGUGCUGGAAGCCUGAGAGAUGUCGGGUGUGUGGCCACGUCAUCACCAGCGAAGAGUAGCCAGCGCUUAGACUAGCUACCUACCAAAACCCUGCGGAAGAUGCCUUGUAUACAUAGUGUAACGGUUCUA